CUCCCGCCGCGUCUCCUCCUCUUCCUCCUGCUCCUUCCACCUGACCUCCACCACCGCUAACAAUAACGACAGCACCGACACAAGCGAAGACCUCCGUGCCCGCUCGCUCCCGCACCAGCACCGCGCCGGGGAGGAGAGGGAGGUUGAAGCAGAGGAGGAGCGGGAGGUCGGAGAAGAGAUCGCCGCCGAGGGCCCCGAGCCCGCGUCCGAGGUGUGCAUUGUCUUGGGGGAUCCGGAGCCGGGUGCAGGACCGCGCGCACCGCUGCGCACCGAGCCGCCACGCAUGGAUCCGAGCAAAAAGGAAUCUGAAUUCUUCACCGAGUAUGGUGAGGCAAGCCGGUAUCAGGUCAGUGAAGUCAUUGGCAAAGGGAGCUAUGGUGUUGUGGCUGCUGCCGUCGACACCCAGACUGGUGAGCGUGUGGCUAUCAAGAAGAUCGUUGAUGUCUUUGAUCACGUCUCCGAUGCAACUCGCAUCCUUAGGGAGAUCAAGUUGCUCCGGUUGCUGCGUCACCCAGACUUAGUUGAGAUCAAACACAUUAUGCUUCCUCCUUCGAGGAGGGAAUUUAGGGAUAUCUAUGUGAUCUUUGAGUUGAUGGAGUCGGAUCUCCAUCAAGUAAUAAAAGCAAACGAUGAUCUCACAGCAGAGCAUCACCAGUUCUUCUUGUACCAGCUGCUCCGUGGGAUGAAGUACAUCCAUGCAGCAAGCGUCUUCCAUCGGGAUCUUAAGCCCAAGAAUAUUCUAGCCAAUGCUGACUGCAAGCUGAAGAUUUGUGAUUUUGGCCUUGCCCGCGUUUCAUUCAAUGACACUCCAUCAGCCAUAUUCUGGACGGAUUACGUGGCCACUAGAUGGUAUCGAGCUCCAGAAUUAUGUGGCUCCUUUUUUUCAAAGUACACUCCUGCCAUUGAUAUUUGGAGCGUAGGGUGUAUAUUUGCUGAAUUGCUCACAGGGAAGCCACUCUUUCCAGGGAAGAAUGUUGUGCAUCAGUUGGAUCUUAUGACUGAUCUACUUGGUACACCUUCAGCAGAGUCUAUCUCCAAGAUAAGGAAUGAGAAAGCUCGACGAUACAUGAACAAUAUGAGGAAAAAGCCUCGGGUUCCCUUUACUAAAAAGUUUCCAGGGAUAGAUCCUAUGGCUCUCCAUUUGCUUGAACGUCUUCUUGCUUUUGAUCCUAAGGAACGACCAAGUGCUGCUGAGGCCCUGGCAGAUCCAUACUUUAAUGGAUUAGCAAAUAAUGAACGUGAACCCAUAGCACAACCUAUCUCAAAACUUGAAUUUGAGUUUGAGAAGCGGAAACUGGCCAAAGAUGAUGUCCGAGAAUUGAUUUACCGAGAGAUUUUGGAGUACCAUCCUCAAAUGCUACAAGAAUACCUACAAGGAGCAGACCACAAUCAGAUGACCUUCAUGUAUCCAAGUGGGGUGGAUCGCUUCAGGCGCCAAUUUGCUCAUUUGGAAGAAGGUACUGCAAAGGGUGAAAAACACAGUCCACAGCUGCGACAGAAUGUUUCUUUGCCAAGGGAAAGAGUAAUUGGCAAUAAACAUGGAGAUGGCAAUACAGGUGAUAAGCUAGCGCAUGCCUCAGUGACGGAUGGCAUCAGCCAACCGAGCUUGAGUGAGAGAAGCUUUCUGAAGAGUGAAAGCAUCAGUGCUUCCAAGUGUAUAGGUGAAAAACCGAAGCAUGUCAAAGAUGGAGAAUCUGUUUUAGAGAGCGUGGAUGAAACAGUCGAUGAUUUGUCGAAGAAAAUUCCUCAACUGAAAACCUGAUUUUUCUCAAGUUCACUGGAGCAAUGAAUAGCUCGUAGUAUGGCACGUUAGGUUCUCAAGACGAUGGACCUACGGCAAAGGUCUAUAGCCAAUGAGACCACAAGUUCUAAUGCCAGUAAUUCUGUUGUGAUGUAAAUUUCCUCCCAUUUGUGUUUGUACUUCGCGACUGCAAACAACCUGUUUCUGACUAAAUGGCUCGUGUUUUCCUCCGUGGAGCCAUCACCAUAUUCUGUAAAUUUUCAGUUGGAAGUGAAUCUUCAGCUGCAGAGGCAUAUUUGAUUUUC